AUGGAAGAAUCUUCAAAAGGUGCCCAUGAAUCUGUAUGUGAAAAAGUGAAAAUACUACAAAAAGAUGCUGUUUAUGAUUCUAUGGAUGAAACUUCAAAAUCUGAAGAAAAGGCAAUAGAUAUGCCUAAACUGGAAAAGUUGAUCAAAGAUUAUGAUUCUCCAAAAAUCGUUGAUGAACAAAAUCGAAGAGAAAUUGAAUCAUUCAAUGAAAUCUCAGAGACUGAUCCAACAUAUAAGAUCAAAUCUAAGAAUCAAGUUUUCCUAGAAGGAUUGAUUCAAUUGGAUCUAGAUAAAUACACUUUGCUGUUAAAAUUCAAAGCCUGGAAACCUUUGUCACUUCGUCCAAUUAAUUAUGAUAUUGAUUCCAAAUCAUCAAAACCUUCAAUCAAAGUAACUCGUGAUCUCUGUCCUUUAAUGGACUCUAAUGGAACCUCUUUGGGCUGUUCGUGUUACCAGUUUACCGAUGGACUUUACGUCGAAUGCCCAUCAACCGAUAUCGAGGCCAUUGCAACGACACUUCGUCUUCUUUCCAGUCCAGUUAAAUCAUUAACCAUUUACAAUCUUAAUGGAAACAUUACCUUUCUACCUUCAAGUGUUGCCUUAGGUCACUCUCUGGUUAAUUCUAAAUUAAAGGUGUUACCUCAAUCCUCUCUAGCAGGCCUUCGAAGUCUAACAACACUUGACCUUGAGGCCAAUGAAAUCGAUGAGAUUGAAAGUUAUACAGCUUAUGGUCUUCCUCUGGAGACUCUCAAUCUUCAUGGUAAUCGAAUUUCAUCUUUACUUGAAUAUUCAUUUGUGGCCUUGAGGCAACUCGAAAAGUUGACACUUUCAUCUAAUAGAAUUGGGUUUCCUUUGGUGGCUCUUCGUCGUCUUCGUAAACUUCGUGAACUUAAACUUUGGAACAAAAUCACCGACAUUACCGAUGAUGGGUUUACCCGACUCACAGCACUAACUACACUUGACCUUUCUUCAAAUGCCCUUCGAACUUUAUCUGAUAAAAGUUUCAUAACUAUGCCCAAACUCACAACUCUGUCUCUUUAUAACAAUAAAUUGACUUUUCUUGAAGAACGAACAUUUUUUACUCUGCUUGACCUUGAAUCGAUUGAUCUAAGCCACAACUCGCUUCGACUUCUUCCCUCCGAAUUAUUUGCAGGUUUAACUAAACUAAAGACGAUUGACAUUUCUCAUAACCAUCUUCACUCAAUCGAUUUUGGAACAUUUCAUAAUUUACCUUCACUAAGGGAACUUUAUCUUAAUCGAAACAAUGCUUCGAUUAAUCAACGAUACUUUUGGAACUCAACUAACCUUUCAGUGCUUUGGUUAACCAAUAACGCGUUGACUGACAUUGAAUUUGCUAUACACCCAAAUCUUUUCAAAUACAACCACGAACUUCGUUCCCUUUCACUUGACAACAAUUUAAUUGCAAAUAUUCAACCAGGAACUUUUCAGGAGCUAGUAGAGCUUCGUGAUCUCAGAUUACAACGGAACUUAUUGAAAAAAGUUCGAAAAGGUGUUUUCUAUUCGUUCCCAAAUCUUCAGGAGCUUCAUCUUCAAAACAACCGAAUUGAGGUGAUUGAGAAUGAGGCACUGGCGAGUUUGGCUAAUCUUGAACUUCUCAACAUUCAGGGUAAUAAGUUGAUCGAAAUGUCUGAUUCUCUAUCCAAGUUUCCGUCCUCAUUGAAAUAUCUUCAACUCAAUAACAACACAAUCUACACUGUACACAAUGAUUCGUUAACAGGCCAGUCUGGCCUCGAAAUCCUUUGGUUAAAUUGGAAUAAAAUCCAAAAGUUGACUAAACAAGUUUUCGCUUCGUGUUCAGGGUUACAAAAGUUGUAUCUCGAAAAUAACGAGAUCUCAUCGAUUGAAGUUGGAACAUUUGAAUCUCUAAGCCAACUGAUUUACUUGAACCUCGAGAACAAUAAUCUUAAUCACUUGUCGGAAGGUGUUUUUCGUGGUGUCACCUCAUUAGCACAACUCUACCUAUCAGGUAAUCACUUGAUGGACAUUGAGCCAGCAAGUUUCAGUUCGUUGUCAUUGUCAUUAAGAUAUUUGUCAAUGUCUAACAAUCAGCUGUACGUUAUACGAAAUCAUUUUUUCACCAAUCUUUCAAAUCUUGAUGAACUCUAUCUGUCUAAUGUUAUGGUAGAGGAAAUUGACCCUUUAACUUUUAGUUACUUGACCUCAUUGACAAUCCUUGAUCUGAGUGACAAUAAUUUAUCAUCCGACAAACUGGAUACAUUGGCACUUCCAUCCACUUUGAAGCACUUGAACAUCUCAUCAAAUAACGGGACAUCUUUGAAAAGCUACCAUUUCCUAUCGACAUCAAGUUUAUCCAUUUUUGAUGCUUCUUUUCUGGAAUAUCUUCUUAUGAUAAAAUUGUAUCUUCGUCGUCUUCUUCAUCAUGUUCAUCUUUACACUCUCUUCCUUCAAGGUAAUGGAUUGACUUCAGUUUUCAGUGAAGAUACAAUUCCACCAUCGUCAAUAUCAUGUCCACAAUUAAGUGAAUUAUAUCUUGAUUAUAAUCUAAUUGAAUUUCUUCCUAAGCCCGAACUUGGCUCAUUUCGUCAUUAUCAGCACCUUGAGAAACUUAAUCUAUCCAAUAACUCACUUUCCACUCUUGACCCUGGGUCACUUGUUAAUCUUAAACAUCUUAAGUUUCUUGAUUUAUCUAAUAAUGUGAUGAGAUAUAUUUCAACUGAUGUUUUCAGUAAUUUAUCAUCACUCCAAGUUAUUCAUUUAUCGGGAAAUUGGUUUCAAUAUAUUCCCAACAAUUUCAUAAGAUCCGGAUUAUCUACCCUUAAGGAUUACAUUUCAGGUAAUCCAAUGUUACGGAUUCGUGAAGAUUUAAGUAUCUCCGGCUCAUUUGAAUCUCUUACCGAGUUGACCAUAAGUUCAGGCAAUCUAUCAAUAAUUGCCUCACACGAUUUUUUCGGAUUCGAAGCGAUAACUAAAUUAACUUUAAGUCAAAAUCAUAUAAGUAAAAUAUCACCGGGAUCAUUUCGUCCGCUAAUCGGUUUGAUUUACCUCGAUUUAAGUUACAAUGAGUUAGAAAUUUUACCUGAAGAAAGAUUAUCUGGUUUAAUUCACCUGGAAUUGCUCAAUGUUACCCAUAAUCAUCUAGUUGAGUUGCCUUAUUUUGGUCCAUCACCUUCAUCCUCAUCUAAUCUUAAAACAGUUGACCUUUCAUAUAAUAGAUUGAGUCGCCUUGACACCCUCGGACAUUUGGGCGAUUCACUGACCACCUUAAUCCUAACGGGCAACUCAAUAUCUUGGAUUGCCAACAAUGCUUUCCAAAAUUUAACAUCUCUUUUAACACUUGACCUAAGGCAUAACUUUUUAACUCACAUGUCAGUGGUUCCCCUUGAAACUAUUGAAGUGACCAUUGACCAGCUCUACCUAACUGGUAAUCCAUUACAUUGUGAUUGCCGUUUAUUAUCCCUCUGGGAAUGGUUACAAAGUCAUUCACGUUUACUUGGAUCAGCUGAUCAAGACAAGGAUUUAUCAUGUGCUGGUCCAGGUAAAUUGUUUUCAUCGAUGAUUUUAAGUUUACAUCCAGUUGAUUUCUGUCCCAUACCAACCAUAUCAAUCCUUGAGGUGUACAAACUUGAUCCGCAAGGGAUAACAAUUCACUGGGAGGUUACCAAUGAAAGUCUUGUCUCGGGUUACACAAUAGAUUAUCAUGUUACAUCAGCAAGAUUUCCGGUUCCUGUUUCGAAAGAAUUGUCUCCAUUGCAACGAUACGUUACCCUUGAAAAUCUUUCAAGUGAAACUUGGUACACAGUUUGCCUACACGCUAACGAAAAGUAUCUUAAAAACAAUGGCAAACCUCGAGCUUACGUGGUGGGUCAGCAAAGAAUAAAUUACGCUGAGUAUUCACCAUCAAAUCGAAAAUGCAUUCAGGCUCGGACGCUUGCAGCCAAUGAAAAGACUCGAAUGUCGAUAUCAACUGUUGGAAUCAUCGUCAGUGUUUCUAUUUGUGCUGUUUUCAUUAUAAUUCUUGUUGGCCUACUGACUUCGAUCAAUAUAAAGCGAAAGAGACGGAAACGGACAGUGAAAGAUGAGGUUCCAGAAGAGUACAUUACUUAUAGACAUUUUUCACUUCCAACCCUGACAAAUGCUGAUAUGUAACUAAUUAACUUCUCUGUAAAUAUGAUUAGCAAUUAAAUAAACAUUCAUAUGAAACCAACUGAAUUUGUAUUAUAAAACAUAACAAAGUAAACUUUCAACUCGAACUCUUUAUUCAAAUGAAUUGUUGUUCUACCUAAAAUAAUAAUACUUAUAAAAAGUAUUGAUAACAAUUGAAAAUCAUUCUCUUGUCAUUAACUAAAUGUAAAUAAACUCAAUUAACUUUUAUUAAAACAUUUUAACAUAUUGGAAUAUUUAAUAACCAAUGAAAUUACAAAUUGAA